AUGGCGACCGAAGUUGUAUACCGAGAGACGCGUCGACGGUACCGGUGGCCUGAAGUACAGCUGAAUUUAUGGAUCUUCAUUGUCCUGGCAGGCGCAUCGACCGUCUUGGGUAUCAAUGCUUGGUUCAUAUCCGUACAACAACAAAUGAGAAUUGGGAUCCCAUGGCUAUUUACAUUCGCGGUGGUCACUGGAGGCCUCACUAUCAUCUUCCUCAUCAUCAUCCUCAUCCUCGCUGGCCGCCGUAUGCUAAUACCAGGCGGCAUAUUACUUGGCGCAUUCAUACUCUUCGUCCUCUGGGUGACAACACUGAUCGAGACAGCCAUCCAGCUGUACGGUCGCGGGAACGUCAACGGAAAUUGCAACAACUAUGUCACGGGUCAGGAAUACACCGGUGUCUCGAUAGAGACCUUGGCCUGGCUGACCCAGAACAACAUAUGUUCAUGUUGGAAAGCUUCUUUCGCAUGGACUAUCAUCUUGGCCGUCCUGUUCCUGUGGAUGAUGGUUCUAUCCUGGCAGGUACAGAACUAUGACUGA